AUGAGAAUAGUGCCAGAAAAGCUGGUGUUCAAGGCUCCCCUUAAUAAACAAUCAACAGAGUAUAUAAAGCUCGAGAACGAUGGUGAAAAGAGAGUUAUAUUUAAAGUGAGGACUAGUGCUCCCACAAAGUAUUGUGUGAGGCCCAAUGUGGCCAUCAUAGGUGCUCAUGAAAGUGUAAAUGUCCAAAUUGUUUUCCUUGGAUUACCCAAGUCAACCGCUGACGAUGAAAUGGACCAAAAACGAGACAAAUUCUUGAUCGUUACACUUCCUAUCCCGGCAGCUUACCAAAACGUGGAGGAUGGCGAGCUGUUGUCCGAUUGGCCUAAUCUGGAAGAGCAGUACAAAGAUGACAUAGUCUUCAAGAAGAUCAAAAUAUUUCACUCCGUGUUACCGAAAAGAAAACCGUCUGGAAACCACGAUGCAGAAUCAGCAAGAGCGCCAUCAGCAGGUAACGGGCAAAGUCUGAGUUCCAGAGCAUUGCUUAUCAUCACCGUUAUCGCAUUGCUCGUCGGCUGGAUAUACUACUGA